AUGGAUUUUCUCUCUCCCUUCCUCUUUCUGUCCUUUCUCCUGGCAGCACUCUCCUCCGCGGACCCCUUUUCCGAGCUAACCUCUUUACUGGACUUAAAAUCGGGUCUUGACCCGGAAAACCGGCAUUUGAGCUCAUGGGUCGGGUCGGGCAACCCAUGUGGAGGCACGUUUGAGGGGGUGGCCUGCAAUGAAAAAGGGCAGGUGGCUAACAUCUCGCUGCAGGGAAAAGGGCUCGCCGGAAAACUCUCACCGGCGGUCGGCCAGCUGAGGCAUCUCACGGGGCUGUACCUGCAUUACAAUUCUCUGUACGGAGAAAUACCUGUAGAGAUUGCUAACUUGACCGAGCUGAGUGAUCUUUACUUGAAUGUCAAUAAUUUUUCUGGCGAGAUACCGCCUGAGCUUGGGGGCAUGCAGAGCUUGCAAGUUCUGCAGCUGUGUUAUAACCAGCUGACCGGCAGUAUACCUACACAGCUCGGUCAUCUGAAUAAGCUCAACGUGCUAGCUCUCCAGUCAAAUCUGUUAGCCGGUGCCAUCCCUGCUAGCUUGGGGAGCUUGGGAGUCCUAAUGAGGCUGGAUCUGAGUUUUAACCGCCUUUUCGGGUCCAUCCCGACAAAAUUAGCAGAUGCCCCAUUGCUCGAAAUCCUCGAUGUUCGGAACAACAGUCUCUCAGGCAACGUCCCCCUCGCUCUGAAGAGAUUAGUGGACGGAUUUCGGUACGAGAACAACCUAGGAUUAUGCGGGACGGGCUUCUCGUUCCUUAAAAGCUGCAGCGAAUCCGACCGGCCCAAUUCAGUGGGGCCCGACCCGUACCCGGGAGGAGGAUCCAAGAACAUACCUGAAACGGCCAACCUUGACCUGAACUGUACCACCCGAAGCCCCUGCUCGAAAACGACCCGAACCUCACGGGCCCCACUGACAGCUGGACUAGUAGUCCUAGUUGCCGUCAUAGUCUCCACCUUAGGCAUUGCAUCCAUUGUGUAUUAUCGGAGGCGCCAGCAGAAGCUCGGAAGUAGCUCCCUCGACGUCCUGGACAGCAGCCGCCACCUCAGCCGCACGGAUGAUGACUGCCGGAAAAAUGGGUCUCCCCUCGUCAGCCUCGAAUACACGAGCGGGUGGGACCCGCUGGCCGAGGGGCGGCGCUUUGGAGGGGUCUCCCAGGAUGCCAUGCGGAACUUCCGGCUGAACCUGCAGGAGGUGGAGUCGGCUACUCAGUAUUUUGCCGAGAAGAAUAUGUUGGGGAGGAGUAAUUAUGCGGUGACGUAUAAGGGGACGCUGAGGGAUGGUUCGGCCGUGGCCGUGAAGAGGGUGGCGAAGAGCAGCUGCAGGGCUGAGGAAGCUGAGUUCCUGAAGGGGCUGACUGUGCUGACCUCGUUGGGGCACGAGAAUGUGGUUGUGCUGAGAGGGUUCUGCUGCUCGAGGGGGCGUGGAGAGUGUUUCUUGGUUUAUGAUUACCUUUCGAAUGGGAGUUUGUAUGGGUAUUUGGAUCUUGAGGAGGGUGAUGGACGUGUUCUUGAGUGGUCUGCUAGAGUUUCUGUAAUCAAAGGUGUUGCCAAAGGCAUCGAGUACUUGCACGGGCACAGGCCGAACAAACCUCCUCUCGUCCACCAAAACAUAUCUGCAAGGAACAUUCUCCUCAACCAGAGAUGGGCCCCAUCCUUGUCCGACUCGUGCCUCCACAAGCUCCUCACAAACGAUAUAGUCUUCUCAUCCCUCAAGGCCAGCGCUGCCAUGGGGUACCUUGCCCCUGAGUACACCACAACCGGCCGCUUCACAGACAAGAGUGAUGUAUAUGCGUUCGGGGCCCUCGUUUUCCAAGUCCUUUCUGGGAAGCGCAAGUACUCACCUGCAAUGCGGGCCCAUGCUGAGUCGUGCACCCUCGGGCUGAUGGACCCGAACCUCGGUGGGAGGUUUUGCGAGCGCGAGGCUCGGAUAAUUGUUAAGGUUGCUUUGAUGUGUACGCACGAGCACCCGGAGGAGAGGCCUUCGAUGGGGACAGUUUUGGGGGAGCUCGACUGGUGA